AUGACACAAGGUGUGCUCUCCCUCGCCUUCUUCUUUCUCCUCCACCAAGUUUCUGCAUUUUCCAAUCUCAGCGUUGAAGAGUCAAUCGGAGGCCUCAUAUCGAACCCCUACGUCUUGGAAGAUCGUAAACGAAUUGACGAAGAAACUAUUGAUCAAACGUCUUCCACCAUCACUGUCACUACAAUAGCCACCACUCAUGAGCUCAGUCUAGCUUGUCUUAAAGAUAAUCUCACAUUUUAUCAGGCUGGCGGUACACCCCAUUCCCUCCUGUGUAACCUCACUGGGCGCACAGACAUCCCCUUGUCUGUCUCCCUUGACACCGACCUCCAUGCGUUGGCAACCCUCCUUCCCCCUUUCUGGAUAUACUUUGCCCCUGGUUUAGUUGACCGCACUCUCAACAUUAGCAUUUGUCCACAUCGAAUUGGUAGCGUAUACUUGAAAGUUUGGGUGAGAGAGGCUAAACCAUGGAACUAUGAGGGCGUCCUCUUUCCCUUCGAUCUCUCGAAUGCCACCUUGCUGAAGCAGUACACAACGUGGCUCCUAAAAGGAAAUUGGGGCUUUGAGGAAGGUGGUAAUGCAGCGAUGGGUCUCCACUUAAAAAUUCUACGAUCUAGAGGCAUUUUGGAAAUUAUUUUUCGUGUUAUUGUGGCUGUGAUGGUGUGCACCCUCACAUUGGUCAUGGGAUGUGAGUUGGAUGUCAUGCAGAUUUGGAAGCACUUCAAGAAACCGGUGGCACCAAUUAUUGGCUUUGUGUGUCAAUAUGGCUUGAUGCCAUUGAUAGCCUUCGGUGUGGCCAUGGUGGUGCCCAUCAAACCGGAGUUUGGUUUUGGUCUCCUCACCACCGGUUGUUGUCCAGGUGGAGGCGGAUCGAACAUCUGGACACUGCUACUGCACGGUGAUCUCAAUCUGAGCAUGACGAUGACCUUCAUCAGCUCGAUUGCCGCAUUGGGUAUGAUGCCAUUGAUGCUCUUUAUCUACGGCCGGUUCUUUCUCGAUACCAAUGCUAUCCGCAUUCCCUAUGCCCAGAUCGCUGGUCAGCUGUGUUACAUUGUCGUCCCCGUCGUCAUUGGCAUGAUAAUUAAAUGGCGUUUUCCAACUUUUGCUAAGCGCAUGGUUCGGCUCUUCCUCCGGCCUAUGGCUUUUAUCUUUAUUUUUUCCAUCAUUGGAUUUGGCAUCUACGUCAACUUACCCAUCUACUCUCUCAUGGGCGCCUAUCCUCUCCUCUUUCCCAUUGCGGCUGCUCUACCUUGGGUUGGCUUCCUCCUGGCUGGUGUAUUUGCUUUUCUGUGCCGACGUUCGCGGGCUGAGAUUCUCACCAUAUCCAUUGAGACGGGAAUUCAGAAUACUGGAAUUGCAAUCCUUGUGUUACUCUACUCGAUGCCGCAACCGGAGGGUGACAUUGGAGCAGCGAUGCCUCUUGUUGUUGGCUUUGUCACGCCACUACCCUUGAUAUUUGCAUACACCAUCGUGGCGAUUAAGGAAGGAAAGUGUUCACGGUGUUGUCAGAAGAAGAGAGCAGCAGAGGUAAUAGAAACGGAUGAUGAAGAGCAGCAGGAGAGAUUGAGAUCGUUCUCGAAGGAUCACAUCUUUGAAGCGGUGAUCUCGUAG